AUGAGCCGUCUCCCGUUUGAACUUCUCCGAGUCAACCUCCCAUUCCAGUUUGGUAUGUUUUCCUUCAGAGUCAUCAUCAAGCAGCGGUUCUCUCGUGAACGAACCAGGCUGCAGCGCCCGCGUGACCAAGUCGCGUAUCAUCUUGCGAACACUCCCCGCGUCUUCCGCUGGGCGUUUGGCGACCGUGCCUUUCUUCUGUUGAAACUCGAGCUGCGUGAUCCGAUCAUGGAGAGCACCUGUAUCCACGCCAAAAUGAUGGCCCAGCUAACACAUGGUGGCAAACUUGUUAGACUCAAUAGCCCGGUCAAGCUCCUCGUCGAUAGAGUGGAAAUGGGAGGAAGUGUCGGAACCUCUAUCGAAAUCGGAGGAGUCAUAAAGCUCUCCGCGGUCGACGAGCCGAAUGGUUGCCUCAAAGAUCGCGAAUGA